CCAAAGAAAAUGUUUAGCCCAAAGUUCAGGGCCGAAAGCCGAACACAAGGCGUACGAUAACAGCGACUCUCCUUAUCCCCGAAAGAUUCAUUUUCUUUCCGUUCGAUUUUUCUUGCCUGUGUAUAUCUCUUUUUCUCGCAAGUUUUCUCAAGUUUGAGGUUCGGGACUUCCAGAACUCCAACCAGGUUUUCGUUUCAUAGAAAAUAUUGAGAAUUUGAUCUCCUUUUGAGGAAAUGUUUGAUCGUGAAUGGUAGCUGAAAAAGGGGAUGUCUUUUUGGAGGCAAAUGAGAUGGGGUUCUUCUCAUUCGGAUAAUUUGAUUGUUGAGAGAACGAGAUUGCUUUGAAUUUUGGAGUUAAAACUUAAGUUUUUCGUGAAUGAGGAUUCAUGAUUGUUGUUUACGAGGGGCUCUAAUUUUGGGAAUACGAACGAUGGUUGCAGUGAGUAGAACAAGUCAUUAGGCUAACAAUUUGAGGAAAAGCCCAAACGUCGUGGAUAUUUUCAGUUUUUGGAAUUUGAUUAUAUAAACAUGAAGAUAUUUCUUGAUUGCUUACAGAAUUCGGGUAUUGAGGAGUGUUCUUUUGGUUGGCUCUUGGGCUUUUGAUCUUUAGCUUUGUGGUAUUUGAAAUUAAGAUAGCUCCAAACAAUUUCAAGUCUUCCUGCUUUUAGACGUAACUUUUAGAUUAAAUGGAUGACACUGAAGAUGAUGCAAGGUAUCCCCCAAAUCCUUAUGGGUUGAAACAGCAGCAGGGUUAUGGUUCUUCAAAUCGGCAAAAACUUCCUGUAAGGAAUGCUCCAUAUUCUAGACCAAUUGAUGGUCAAUAUGUUGAUGAUGACGAGAAUGAUGAUGAUGAGUUGGAAGAUGAGGACCUGGUGGAGGAAGAAGAGAACAAUAAUCAAAAUAGUGGUUUGCAGUAUGUAGGCAAAGAUAUGGAUGAUGAGGAUGAUGAGGAUGAUGAAUAUGAGGAGGAUAUGGAUGAGCUUCCUCGCGAGCGACAAAGUUAUGCAAGGAGGAUCGAGGAUGAUAAUAUUGAGAGCCACCCAAAAAAAAGGAAGUUGAAGAGUUUGGUUUCAAGUUAUGAGUUUGCUCCUCGAGUACAGGUGUCCCCAGUUGCAGCUCUGGCAGUGCCAAAACCAUCAUUUGGUGGACGGAAUUCUCUUACUGAUUGGACCGAACGUGAAACACUUGUUCUGCUUGAUGCUUGGGGUGAACGAUUUUUGCAACGUGGUAAAAAGAGUCUUCGUUCUGAGGAGUGGCAAGAAGUCGCAGAGAAGGUUUCAGAAGUUUCAGAGAUUGAGAGGACAGAUACUCAGUGUAGGAAUCGUCUUGAUACAUUGAAAAAAAAGUAUAAGAAGGAAAAAAUGAAUUUGGCCGAGAAAGGUAACAGUAGCAAAUGGGUUUACUUCAAGAAAAUGGAUAUGCUAAUGUCAUCACCUCCUCAGCAAGGUGGACUUUCUUGUGGCUUGGACUCUGGAGAAUACGUUUUUAUGAACCCAAGAGUUUAUCUGAACCGGGCAAAUGGAUUAGAUGAGAUGAGAGACAGUCCGGGGAAUUCAGAAUCCACUGAUGGUGAGGAUGAUGAAUCAGAUGGGCUUCCGCUUAAAAAGAGAAAAUAUGGGAGGGAAUCUGACGGGUCUUCAUUUAGUCUGCUUGCAGAUUCUAUUCAGAAAUUUAGCGAAAUCUAUGAGAAAAUUGAGAAUAGUAAAAGGCAGCAGAUGCUGGAACUGGAGAAGAUGAGGAUGGAUUUCCACAGAGAAUUGGAAAUGCAGAAGAGGCAGAUUAUGGAGAGAGCACAGGCUGAAAUUGCAAAAAUACGGCAGGGUGAUGACGAGGGGAAUGAGAUAUCUGCUGGGAAUGCCGGUGGGUAAUGAAACUAUACCUUGUACUAUCUUUUUUAGUGUUAAUUGGUAUCUUAACUGCUAGCUUUUGUUGUAUGAUAUGUUGUGGGUAUUCAGCCUCUUUUCUUCUUGAAUCUGUGGGGAGUAAUAAUGCUGGAGAUAUUUUUCAGUUAUAGUUGAAGAAAUAAUUGAUAGAGCAUUGUUACUAUAUAUAAUCUCACCUUUUUUGCUUCCACUUUC